AAUGGUGGCGCGGAGCAUACAGGAGACGUUGCGGGCGGUGGUGGGCGUGCCCGAAGAUGUACACACCGUCUUGGAGAUCAUGAACUCACUCUCGUCGAACGAUGGUGUUGGUGAGGCAGUCUCGGACACACCCGUAAGUUGGGACUUACUUGAGGAGGCGGCGGUGAGGACGGAGCUCAUGGAACAAGUGCCCCAGAUCGCGGUGCUGUGCCACGAGUACCCGGAACACCUGGGCGGGGUCGUGGCCAACAACCUGGUGCCCAUGGUAGUUAAGUACCUCACAGACCCCAAUAACCAGGUUCGCAAGACGUCACAGGCGGCGCUGCUGGUUCUGCUGGAGCAAGAGCUGGUGUCCCGCUCGGACGUGCACGAUCAGGUGUGCCCCGUCAUCCUGGACCUCACGUGCCCGGAUGCCAUGGACGACUUCAAGACAGAGGCUGUGGCGGUGAGUCGCGGCCGAGUCUCGGUUGCUCUGCUGUUGUUGAAAAGAAUAUAUAUAUUUGGGUGAUGAUGGUGGUGAUCAAUAAGCUAGAUGAUUUUUGUCGUUUGGUGGAGAAGUAUUUGAUAAGAUGAUGGUUAUUUAGAGUAAAAAAGCUAGAGGAUUUUUUUUGCCUGAUAAGAUGUAAAAAAAAAGAAUAAGAACAUUUUUAGAUAGGUUGAUUUCUUGUGUUUUUUCUUGUGUAUUAGACACGGUAAUGGCGUGGCCAAUGAGUCACGUUUAAUGUAUAUAAUGUCUCAUGUAAAAAAAAUAAUAAUAAUAAUAAGUUUAAGUGAGGUAAGGACAGAUGGUUGUUAUAUUGUGUUCUUCCCAUGGUAUUAAUAUGCAAAUGUCCUUGAGGUUAAAUGAAGUGGGAAAAGGGUGGGGAAGGAGGGAGAGAGUCAGGUCAGGUCAACCGGAUGUGUAUGAGGGCGUGAGAGAGAAAGAGAUAGAGAGAGACGACGGGAAGCGAGGUCAGGUCAGGUCAGGUUCACCCGAGUCACGUGUAAAAGAGGGUGAC